AAAUAGCGGUGCCGUUUGUAAAUGCGUCACGACCUUGUUGUUGUUUGGUUUCUGCCGCAUCCAGCAUCAAGCAAGCAUGGCGGUCACUAUGGCCAACAAAUGCCUCAGUCCUUUAACUUUACUCUCCCGGAGGCUUUCUCUUCCAGAGUUCUUUUCCCAAUGUUGUUAUCACCAGAAGGUGGUGGAUCAUUAUGAGAACCCGAGGAAUGUAGGCGUCCUGGAUAAAAACUCCAAGAGGGUCGGCACCGGUUUGGUGGGCGCUCCGGCCUGCGGAGACGUCAUGAAGCUUCAGAUUGAGGUGGACGAGGACGGGAAGAUCGUAGACGCCCGUUUCAAAACGUUUGGCUGCGGCUCUGCCAUCGCCUCCAGCUCUCUGGCCACCGAGUGGGUCAAGGGCAAAUCUGUGGACGAAGCGCUGACCAUCAGGAACACUGACAUUGCCAAAGAGCUCUGCCUGCCACCUGUCAAACUUCACUGCUCCAUGCUCGCCGAGGACGCCAUCAAGGCAGCUUUGGCCGACUAUCGAUUCAAGCAGCAAGAAGACCAGCAGGUGGCGGCACAUUCCUCCAACUGACACAACUUCCUGUUUACUGAGAAGCCGCGGCAUUGAGCUGUGCCACUUCCUGUACCUGAUAGGGAAAAAAAAACAAGACCACCUCAACUACUGCAUGUAAUACAGUAUGCUUAGCCUGUCACGCAUUCGCACAAUAUUAAAGCUUGAUGAUAUCAUAUAACCGAGCAACCUAGAGUGUCCACAAAUUUUAAAAAAUCCCCAAUAAAAUUACUCAAACAUGGCAAAA